UUCUAGUAGUUGCUUGCCAGUGCUCGAUCCACGAUCAGCACUGCGCGAGCUUCCGAUCGGACUGCCACGUCGCUCCAUGUGCCUCGCGAGAUCCACACGACGCCACCGCUUGGAUCGUCGCAGACCCGGACAAUUACUAGCCGCGAGUUCCGUCAAAUCUACAGCUAAGCCAAGCCAAGCCAGCGAACAGCAGGGUCUGCAGGGAAGGGGAAGGAGGCGGCGGCACGUAACUUCGAGCCGAAUCUAUCGAGCGUUGUGCUCCCGACCUCUCGCCGAUCGAAGGGGCUGGUGGCGUCCGAGAGAGAAGCGAGAAGGCCCGCGAGCGGGAGCUCGAUCUCCAUGGCGACCGGCAACCUGGCGAGCGUGGUGGUGUCGGUGGACGGCAGCGAGGAGAGCAUGAACGCGCUGCGGUGGGCGCUCGACAACCUCCGCCUCCGCCCCGACGGCGAGCUCGUCGUGCUCCACGUCCAGCCGCCGCCCAACAUCGCCGCGGGGCUCAACCCGGCGCCCAUCCCCUUCGGCGGACCCAGCGGGUUGGAGGUGCCGGCGUUCACGCAGGCCAUCGAGGCGCACCAGCGGCGGAUCACACAGGCCAUCCUGGAGCACGCCCUCAAGAUUUGCUCCGAGAAAAAUGUGGAGGUGAAGACGGAGGUGAUCGUGGGUGAUCCCAAGGAGAAGAUCUGCGAGGUGACGGCCAACCGCAAUGCCGAUCUGCUCGUCAUGGGGUGCCGAGCCAUUGGGCCGCUCAAGCGGAUGUUCUUGGGCAGUGUGAGCAACUACUGCAUCAACAAUGUGGGUUGCCCUGUUGUUGUGAUCAAGGGGACUUGAGGCCUUGAGCUACCCUCAAUCAACAUUCUUUGGUGCACUUCAAUUCAAGUGUUUUGAGGUUGCUAUUGUGCCAUUUGUAAUCCUGUACAAUAUUGGACAUUUCGCAUCUGAAGACCAUGCAUCAUAUUUGUCAGUCUGCUGCCAAGGGACGAGGGUUGCUCUGUGAUCUCCGUUUGUAAUGGAAAAUGUGUACUGGUUUUGUAAUCGUGGAAAUAAACCUGCCAUGUGGCAUAUUGUUCUGUAUAUUCUUGUAUUUGUUGGGGGAUAUACAUUGUGCUGCCUGAACUCUGAACACCUCAAAAUUGCCAGAAUCCCGGUUUUUGUAUGGCAAAUCCCGGUUUUUGUA